UAUGGCAGCUUACUGAAGUGCUGGGCUUGCAGACGUGCAGCCAGUGUUUUAAUCUGUGUUAAAUUCCGGUCAUUUUAAAACGAAUAUAUUUUAAUUAACAAGCCAGCUUGCGUAUCCUUAGAACUAGGAUCUUUUAACUAAGAAAAUGGUUUUAAAGAAGAGGAAGGUAGUUAAAGUUGGGGCCAUCGUUCUUGCCAGUGAAAACCUUGAAAAACUCAAAGCUCUAGACGGAGGUCCUUUGGCACAGCAGCUGGCCUCUGUCCUGAAGGAGUGUGUCCAGCUGAACGAUGGAGUGCAACAGAUACAGCUGAUAAAGAAGAUGGGUUCCCUGUUUGAGGAGAUGGAUGAAAAGGAGACAGAGAGUCUGCUGCUUCAUGGCUGCCUUGAGGCAUUAGCAUUGAUCUACUUCUCACUGGAUUCCAAGAACCCCUUGAAGAGAGCCCUGGCCAGUGCGCUCAGUGCCGUUCCUGGCAGGCUGCAGGGCGGAGCUGUGGAGAUUUUGUCUGUUUGUCUGCAGGAAAGGCUGGGGGCUGAGGGUCCAGUUCUGUACAGGGCUGUCACUGACUGUGUCACGGGCUGUCUGGAGAGCUUCUCUCUGGGUGAACGAUGCAUUCAGAGUCUGCUAAUAGAGGUUUUUCAGUUUCUACAGAAGGCAUUGACCAGCUAUCAUGAGCAAAACAGCUCGCUUCAUGGUAAUCACAUUGCCCAGACCCAGCUGAUGCAGGAUUGCUUGGCAGCUGUCAAAGCGUCCAUGGUGGUGGUGCAGAGAUCCCAGGAGCGGAUCUGCGGGGCUCUGCAGGCCCAGCACGGCUCUCUGCUUUGGGACACGAUGAGUGGGCUGCUCCGCUGCUUCACCGGCAUACUGAUCGAUGGUGACUUUUUACAGACUGUGCAGAGCACCUCGGGGAUGGCUGUUGUUCUGUUUAUUAGAACCAUGCUGGAGCACGAAGACCAUCUAGCCAGUCUGGUUGAUGAUCUGCUUGCCGGUGCUGAGGAAAGUCUCUCUGCUGCCCCCCAGUGGCUGUCUGGGAGCUGCGCUGAGCUGUACAGCAGGGAGCGUCCCGCCCCGGUGGCCUUGUUCCUGUGCCAUGGAGCGCUGGCCAUGCUAAGCUGGAGGAGCGGAGAGCUGGGGGGGCGUGGAGAGGAGCUGCUGCGGCACAUCCCUGCUGUCCUACUGGAGCUCAACUCGCAGUUGAAGGAAUCCAGCAUGGCGAUGUCGGUCUCCCGAAUCCUGCACCUGUGGACCUGCGCUGCCCUUGACGGGCUGGAGUGUGGCUCCUGCUCCCCAUCCCUCCGGGGCUCCCUGAGCGGAGAUUCGCCCCUGCUCCAUGCCCUGCUGGAAUAUGUAUACGCGCACUGGGAGCACCCGCUGGACGGAGUGCGCCACCAGACCAAGGCCGUGUUCCGCAACCUUCUCAGGAUGCAACGCACAGCCACGGGCAUCACCCACGCCAGCGAGGACCCUUUCUUCACCAGCCUGACCCAGAAUCUGCUGGCUCUGGAGUGGCACAGUAAGGGCAAGUACGCCUCUCUGAGCUGCCUGGUGGAAUACCUUGGUGCUGAGAGUCUGCUGGCUGCGGACGCCCACAUCCCUGCCCAGCUCCUGUCCCUGAUGGGGGACCAGUCCCUUGCCCCCUAUGCCAGCGACCUGCUGGAGACCUUGUUUGAGAGCCACAGGACCCAGCUGAGUUCGAGCCCGCGGCAGGGCUGCUCUUGGCUGGAGCAGUGGCACUGCGUGUGGGUCUCUCCUUUGCUGGCUGCCCUGUGUGAGGGUCAGCUGGAUCAGACCACCUACAUCACAGACUACUGCCUGCCCAAGCUGCUCAAGUGCAGCCCGGAGAGCCUAAGUCACAUGGUCAGGGUGCUGCAGUCCAGCGAGCAAGACAGAAUCCGGGGUCUCGGCAGCAGCAGGGGGGCGCUGGGGGCUCUGAUGACCUGUCUACGAGCGGCCCGGGCGCAGGGGGUAUUGAGGAUCACACAGGAGGGGGUGUGGGGGGGUGGCCUGGUACCACUCGCUCUCCUCAAACAGGCCCUGGUGCACAAACACGACCAGGUCCGUGUGGACGCGCUGGGGCUGAUCUGCGAGAGCCAUCGCAGCACAGAGAUGCUGUCCGCACAGGAAAUGGAGCUCAUGCACCACUUCCUGCCCAACAACCUGAACACCCAGUCGCCAGGAGUCAGGCAGCAGACUCUCAGUCUCCUCAGAAAGUUGUUCUGCAGGAUCCGGGACAGCACCCAGCUGCUGCAGAAGAGAUCGGAACAGAGGAACCCACAGCUGGAGGAAGGUGCAGAGGGCCAGGAUCUCCUCUGCACCCUGCAGCACUACAAGGAGUUCAUGUGCUGGGUGUGUGAGACCCUCUUCCAAGCCUUGUUCCCGGGGGCGUCCUUCCCCACCCGAUUCUCUGCUCUGAACCUGCUGGGACUCGUAGCGGACACCUUCACCUUCUCCACACAAGCGGGCCCUGGUCACUCCCUGUUCCAGCUGGGGGAGACCCUGACUGCUGCCCGAGUUCAGGCUGUGCUGGAGUGCAUCACCAGCGGCUUUGAGGAGAUCAAAAGCCUGGCCUUCAACCUGCUCAGGAAACUGCCCCCCUCAGCACUGGGCUUCCAGGACACUGCGCAUGUGAAAGGUCUGCUCCAGGCUGCUCUGACCCUGAGCACCAGCACCAAGCCCUAUGACUGUGUGAGCGCCUCCUACCUGCUGAACCUGCUCGUCCACCAGGGGGCUCUGCUGAGGGCACUGCAGCUCUGCGCAGAGGAGCAGCGGGUUGACCUGUCUGUCGGAGAGUGUGGACAGGAGGGGGAGGCUGUGGAGAUCCUUGAGAGAAACACCUUUGCAGUUGUGAAGUACCUGCUGGUGUGCCUCACGGUGGAGAUCGAGCAAGCGGAGAGGUCUCUGCUCCAGGCCGCUGUCACACACCCGAUGUACGGCAGAGUGCACUGCAUCAUCGCUGGACUGCAGCAGCUCAACCUCAGGUCCCUGGUGAUGGUGUUGCAGUGGAGGGAGCUGGUUGCUGAGCUCAUCUCCGUGUCCUAUAGGAUGUCUGCUGUGGUGUCUCCCGUCGUUCAGAGCUCCUCUCCGGAAGGGCUCAUUCCUAUGGAUACGGAGCCAGAGUCGUCAGCCAGUCUGCAGCAGAUCCUGCAGGAGAUCCAGCCGAGAGAUGGUGAAGACUUCUCCAGCGAGGCCAGGCUGCUGGAGCAGGAGAGGGAGGGGAGCCCUGUUGAUGACAACCCCAGCGGGGGACUGCGAGGGCGCCGGGGUCAGCCGUGCCAGGUGACUGCGCAGAUGGUGCUAGUGUGUUGCUGGAGGAGUAUGAAGGAGGUGUCCCUGCUGCUGGGCAUGGUGUGUGAGAGCCUUCCUCUACAGUACACUGCAGAGACCAGGGACGGGCUCCUCACAGAGCAGCAGGUGCAGGGGAUCGGGCUAUACUUCAGACAGCAGCUGCUGCAGUCCAGACACCGGGGGGCCUUCGAGCUGGCGUACGUUGGCUUCGUGAAGCUCACAGAGAUGCUCACCAGGUGCAGCAUUAAGAACCUGCAGCAGCUGCCCCAGCUCUGGCUCUGGGACGUCUUGGAUGAAGUGAAGUCCAGCGACCCCUCCUCCAAACUGUGUGCCACCAGACGCAGCGCGGGCAUUCCCUUCUACAUACAGGCCCUGCUAUCCUCUGAACCCAAGGCCUCCAGCUGCAGCCUGUUGAAAACGACCAUGACUGAUCUGAUUGCCCUGGCCAUGCCCUCCGGGGAGCUGCAGACUGAUGCCAGCACCGUCCCACAGGUCCAUGCACUCAACAUUUUAAGGGCUUUAUUCCGGGACACACGGCUAAGUGAAAACAUCAUUCCCUAUGUGGCAGAAGGAGCACAGGCGGCUAUCCUGGGCUUCACAUCUCCAGUCUGGGCUGUGAGGAACUCAUCGACUCUGCUCUUCAGCACAGUGCUUACCAGGAUAUUUGGAGUGAAAAAGGGAAGGGAUGAGCAUUCCAAGAAAAACAGGAUGAUAGGCCGGGAGCUGUUCAGCCGGUUCCCAGCCCUCUACCCCUUCCUGCUGAGGCAGCUGGAGACUGUGGCCAGCACCGUGGAUGGUGAUUCGGGGGUCCUAAAGCUGCAUCCUUGCCUCUUCCUCCUGCUACUGAUCCUGGGGCGCCUGUACCCCUCCCCGAUGGACGGCACCUCCUCCACCCUGAGCCUGGCCCCCUUCGUGCCCUUCAUCAUCAGGUGUGGUCGCUCUCCGGUGUGGAGGUCUCGAGAGAUGGCGGCUCGAGCCCUGGUCCCCUUUGUCAUGGUGAACCAGCUCCCCUCCACCGCGCUGGCCCUGCUGCGGGAGCUUCCAGACAGAGCUGAGGCCACCGUCCGGCACAACCACGUCCAUGGGACCCUGCUGCAGGUCCUUCACUUGCUGCGCGCCUACCUGGAGAGCAAACACAGGGCCAAUUCAGAGACACAGCAUGAGCUCCGUGACAUCAUCACCUGUGUCCGAGCCAGACUGUGGCUGGCAACGAGGCUGAACCCUUGUGUUGUAACGAGAGCAGCAACCCUGGACAUUCUGACUUGCCUGUGCAGCGCUCCGGGGGAAAAAGCCAGGGACCCAGAUUUGGCGAGUCUGCAGAAGGAGGUGCUGGAGCUUGUCUCUGACUCUGAGCUCCUGCAGCCAGACUCCCUGUCUGUGGCGGAGCUCGGAGUGACUCAGUACCUGCUGAGCGCAGCACGGCUGGCUCUGUGUGUGUGGCAGCAGACCCCGUCGGAAGCCCUCCCUGCCAGGCUGCUGCAGAGCCCAGUGUACGAGGUGCGGCUGCUCGUCCUACAGGCGGCGCUGGACCAGCUCCAGAGUCCGACCCCACUGCCCCCUGCACCCUACAUCAGCAUCCUGUCUGGAGCGGGCAGCGCUCUUCAGAUCCUGGCCCUGCAGGAGACACACCCCCAGUGUCUUGCUAUGGUCCUGAAAGUCUUGUCACACCUGAGCCUGGAUACUCUCCUCCCCUGGACAGUGAAUAUGUUGAGUGACUGUGAGCUGUUGAGAUGGAUCGUUUGUUUGGCAGAAGACUCCAUACACAGUGUUGAGAUCCACUGCGCCGCCCUGAGAUUCGCCUCCAAACUGGUUGUCCAUUGGGUUGAGUGUAACUGCAAGGAGCUGGGCGGGGCAAUGCAGCCUGAUCUGACCAGGUGGGUGGGGCUUGUGGCUCAGUGCUGUGAGGACGAGCAGCCAAUUGAAAUCAAGCUGACCGCCGCGGAAAUUCUGGUCAGUGCCACGCCCUCCGUGCUGACCAGCACGACCCUGCCGCUCGGUCUGUCCGGGACGCUGCCCCUCUGGAGGAGUCUCUUCACUCUGCUACAGGACGAGGAUCAGGAAGCGAGGGACCGAGCGGCUGACUUCUUCGGCUCCGUCCCGUCACAGCUCCUCGUCUUCGGACCAGCAGAUGUGGCCCCCUCGCUAGUGAAUCCAGCUGUGGCCCUGGACCUGGGGCUGGGGCUGCUCUGCCGGCUCUUCCAGCUAUGGGACCAAACCCCCGCCGGCGCUCUGACCUUGACUGAGUGGCUGCUAGGGGACAGAGACCCCGAGACAGAUGUAGAGAACAACAUCAGCAGCGUGGGAGAUGAGGAGUUCCUGUUUGACAAGGGGGAAGUGAACCUGUGGGCUGAGCGACUCGUCUACAUCAGACUGCUGCACAAGCACCUCUCCACCCUCCUCGCCUCAGCCCCGCCCCUUUCCAUUAACGAGGCGAAGCUCGCUCUACUAACGAGUAAGGCAUCGGCACGCCAGACCAGCACCAGCCAGCUCCUCCGAGCCCUGCCACCCGUCCCAGAGUUCUCCAGGACAGCGGACUUCACUCAGCUCACCAUCCAGAGGGAGAGGAUCACCCUAGCGCUGGAGACUCUCAACACAUUGAGGCUGGGCACGCUGUCCUGUUAGCACACUGUCCUGUUAGCAUGCUGUCCCUGUAAUCUUUUCUAAAAUUACCGAUAUUUUAACUGGGCUAUAUAGAAGCAGUCUGAUCUCCUGAAAAUGCCUUGACUUUUCCAUGAUCAUUCAGUGAGAACAAACAAGGCCUGCAUUAGUAAAAGGUGUGUUUGUCUGGAACAUGUCGGAACAUGAAGUGAUACCUUUUCUUUCUAGGUUUUUUUAUACCUCGAUUUGCAUACAGGAUUGCUUUCUGGAAUUUCCUCAUCAAUCCAGAAAGAGCACCAAAUGGAUUUGGUUGAUUUUAAAAUGUUCUAGUUGCGUUUGCCUAAGUAAGCAAUUGACAGUGUCUUUUUUUUUUUUAUUACUGUAAUGUGUGUUUUACAUUGCUCUGCUAAUUGCUACUUUAAUAAGUCAGGGCAUUCUUUUUAAAACCAGUGUUCUGAUUGUGCUGUAUAUCAAACCUUAACAGAUGUCCAUUGAACCAUUUAUUUUUUAAAAUUGUUUAAUAAAAGCCUAUACUGGGUACAGUGUUAUUACAAAUGAUUGAUGGUGCACAGUAAAUCAUUCAUACAAACCUGGUAGGGGCUGGGCAGGGAUGUGAUCCCAGAAUCUCUGUCCUCCUCCUCUAAGCUUGGCCACACUACCAGUUGUAUUGUUAAGGAUCAUCGGUUAACAGUUUUUGAUUAGAAAAAUAAUAAGAUGUACUUUUAUCACCAUGCAACACAGGGUUAAAACUUAAAGUAAUUAACAUGCACAAAUGUCUCAUAUGAAUACACACACACACACACACAGUUGUAGUCAAAAGUUUAAA